AAAAUAGAUGAUGAAAUACAAAGCAAUUCUGCAAUAAGUGAAAGAGAAAGCCCGGAAAUACCAACUAUUGAUGAAAAUUCAGAGACAACUGCUGUUAAUGAGAACUCCGAAGUAACUAUUAUUAACAAAAAAUGUAAAACAUGCAAGGAACCAUCUUGGGUGUUUAAAAAAGGACACUUUCAACCUAACCCUUCAAAAAGUAAAAAUUUAUUUUAG